AUGGACGUGAGUGCAGAGCGCACGACGACGCUUGUCUUCCUCGGCUAGACGCUUACAGCCAUCUUGUCACUCUCGCCAUCGUAGGCCCAGUACGUCGAGCGUCUGCACGCGCUGCUUCAGCAGUCGAACGUGCCAGACACCAACCAACUCCGAGAGGUAAGCAUCCGGCCGCACAUCCCUUUGACAGGCCGACAAGCAGGAUCUCGAUGCUGAAUAGCAAUAUCUGUGUCCUUGACGCAGGCUACCGAGGGAAUCAAAGCUGCGUCCACACAGCAGCAGUUCGUGCCCGCGCUCUUUGAAAUCCUAGCGUCCAGCCCAGACCUCGCGGUCCGUCAGCUCGCCGCUGUCGAGAUGCGUAAGCGCAUACACAAAAAGCCAGAAACAGCGUGGGUCAAGCAAGCUGUCGACGUGAGGACUGGCAUCAAGGCGCGCUUGUUGGAUCUGUUGCCAAAGGAGGAGAGGUGAGCCCAAUUUUGCAAGCUCCACACUUCAAUUUUGCAAAGUCAUCACUCACGCAGCGUCUCCUUAUUUGACUGCUGCCAACAGCACCCUGGUCAGGAAUGCGAUUUCACGUGUUGUGUCCGAGAUUGCCAACAGAGAGCUCAUCGCUGGCACUUGGCCUGAGCUUCUCCCAUUCCUUUUCGCGGCGGCAGACAGUCCUAACGCAUCGCAUCGUCAAAUUGCGAUCUUUGUCUUUUAUACGGUGCUCGAGACGCUCGUUGAUGGUGGAGAAAAGUUGGAGGCUUACCUGCCCCAAAUUCUCGCAAUAUUUGCCAAAAGCCUUCAGGAUCCCGAGAGUAUCGAGGUCCGCAUCACCACAGUCCGGUGAGCCAAGAUUGAACCGCUUAUAGAUAGGGCGACGAGAUCCUGACAGUCAUACGCGUUGAUUCGCACUUCCCCUCUUAGCGCCUUGGGCAAAGUAGCGCAAAACCUUGAGGAUGACUCGGAGGCGGAUCGCGCGCAAGUGCAAGCCGCCAUUCCUCAGAUGGUUCGCGUGCUGCACGACUCCUUGGAGCAGUCCCACACAGAUGGUGUCAAGCAAUGCCUAGACGUCUUCGAAUCUUUGUGUAUGCUGGACGACUCCGUGCUCGCCAAUGCUAUCCCCGACCUCAUCGAGUUCUUCUUGAACAACGGCGCCAACACCACUCUCGAAGAGGAUCUUAGAAUAAUGUGCUUCAACUCGCUCAUCUGGGCUUGUCAGUACAAGCAAAACGUCAUCAAGAACCAAAAGCUGGCAAAGCCCAUCAUUGAGCGCCUGAUGACUGUCGCUGUUGAGGAUGAAGGCGACGACUACGAUGAGGACACACCUAGCCGUCUCGCCCUGCGCGUCAUUGAUGGCCUGUCGACGUCUCUCCCUCCCGCUCAAGUAUUCCCGCCUCUGCACGAGCAGAUGCAAGCAUACAUGGGACACGCCGAUGGCAAUCACAGAAAAGCUGCGCUCAUGGCAUUUGGCGUUGCUGUAGAGGGCUGCUCAGAAUACAUUCGGCCCCAUAUCGAUCAACUUUGGCCUUUCAUCGAAGCCGGCUUGCGCGAUCCCGAGGUGGUGGUCAGGAAAGCCGCUUGCGUCGCAAUCGGCUGCCUUUGCGAGAGCUUGGAUGACGAGUGCGCCAAGCGACACGCAGUGCUACUGCCUAUGAUUAUGGAGCUGAUCAAUCACGAGGAGACCCAACGAUCUGCAUGUACUGCUCUCGAUUCUCUGCUGGAAGUGAUGGGCGAGGACAUCAGCCAGUACCUGCCUGCUAUCAUGGAGCGACUGGCAGGCUUGCUCGAGACUGCACCUAUUCCCGUCAAAUCGACAGUCACUGGCGCUAUCGGGUCUGCUGCGCACGCUUCCAAGGAGGGCUUCUUGCCAUACUUCCCUCAGACACUUCAACGUAUGCUGCCCCACCUGCUUCUCACCGAGGAGGGUGAUCAGAUGGAUCUGAGAGGUAUCACCACCGACGCUAUCGGCACCUUUGCGGAGGCUGUUGGCAAAGAAGCCUUCAGGCCGUACUUCCAGGAUCUCAUGAACCACAACUUCGAGAGCAUGAAGCUCGAGAACCCCAGGCUUCGCGAAUGCGCUUUCAUCUUCUUCGCCGUCAUGGCCCGUGUCUUUGGCGAGGAGUUUGCUCCCUUCCUGCCUCACGUCGCGCCCUUGCUCCUUGGCUCUUUCAAGCAGAGCGAGCACGAUGCAGUGCCAGGUGCCUCUGGGGAUGGCAUCAUCAGUGGCGCUGGCGUCGGUACCAACGCCUCUGGCGAGUACACCACUGAAGAUGAUGGCGACGAAGAAUUCAUCGAUCUCGACGACCUCAAUGACGCUUUCGCAAACGUCAACAGCGCCAUUGCGGUUGAGAAAGAAGUUGCAGCAGACUCUAUUGGUGAGAUUUUCACGCACACCAAGCACGCGUUCCUUCCCUAUCUCCAAGAGAGCGUGGAACAACUCGGUCAUCUGCUUGAACACUUCUACCAAGGCAUUCGAAAGAGCGCCGUCGCGGCAUUGUUCGCUUGCAUCAACACUCUCAACGAGAUGUCGAACCCCUCAACAUGGCAGCCAGGUCUCACUGUGGUGAGUUUCAGAGGGAUACGCUAGAUCGCUCGGCCGUGCUGAUCUCGCGCGUGUGAUUGCCUACAGCAAGUACCUCUCAACAGCGACGUGCAAAAUCUCGUCAACACUGUGAUUCCUGCACUGCUGGAUGCUUGGAACGACGAAGAUGAUAGGUGAGUGACUAUCCUUGCGGCGGCUGAAGUUGCGGGAUGAAUGCGAGCCAAUGAAGGGCUACAACAAUGAUGAUAAACAUUAUCUCAGCUCACUACGACGGCUGCACGCACAUGAUGCGGUCGCGCCGAGUGAACACAAAAUUCUUACCCACUUUGCCUGAGAGUUGUCAUGGGGAAUGGGGGGUCUCGAUCAAGUAGUGCUUUCUAUCCAAGUACUGCUACUGACGACGAUCUUGCGCAUGCCUGCAGAACAACUGCCAUCGAGUUCUGCCAAUCAUUGGCCGAAUGUCUGAACAAGAACGGUCCAGCUAUCAUCAGUCGUGAGUGCAGCGCGUGAGGGACACCUUCGAUGUCAGGUCUAAACCGACUCUUUGGUUUUUGCCGAUUUUUCAGAGCACGCGGACCGCGUCUGUAAUUUUGCUGCCGAGAUCCUUGACCAGAAGAGCUUGGCGCAAAUAGACAACGAUCCUUCAGAAGACGAGGCAGGCGCAGAAGACAUUUCGGAGUACGAGUCCGUUCUCAUCGGCGCAGCAAUGGAUCUCGUUGGCGCCAUGUCACACGUAUUUGCUCAAGACUUCCUGGACCCUCUGAGAGCCCUGCUGCCUAAGGUCACAAAGUACUACGUGAGUCGAGCAUUUCAAUGAGCAGCGCUUCUUGAAUCCAAAUCUGACAACGGUGUGGUGUCCUCAGUCACCCUCGCGCUCUACAACUGAUCGUGGGGCUGCGGUCGCUUCUCUCGGCGAGAUCAUCAUUGGUAUGAAGGGCGCCAUCACGCCACUCACCGGUGACAUUCUCACUACAUUGUCAAGGGCCCUGCAAGACGAAGAACCUGCCGUACGGUCAAACGCUGCAUUCGCAUCGGGUGUGCUCAUUGAGCACUCCGAGCAAGACCUCAGUGAACACUUCGGAGCGCUUUUGAAUGCUAUCCGGCCCAUGUUCGAGGUGCCUGCUGGUACCGACAAGACGGGUGAGUAGGCGCUGUCGCUUGCCGUCAAGACCUUACUCAUGCUGACUGCAAUCUCUCCCCCGUUCCUGAGCUCAGACAUCCUCAACGCGCGAGACAACGCCUGCGGUUGCUUGUCCAGGAUGAUCAUUCGCAAGCCCGAUGCUGUGCCCUUAGAUCAGGCUCUGCCUAUCUUGUUCUCGUCCAUGCCUCUCAAGGAGGACAUGGCGGAAUGGACGCCAGUUUUCAAGAUGCUCAUCACUUUGCUGCAAGCCAACAACCCAGUCGCCAUGCAGCACAUCGACACGAUUCUCGGCCUCUUUGCUCACACUCUCGGCGACGCGAGCGAGCCGCUCGACCCGCAAUUGAGAGGCACGGUCGUCGCCUUCGUUAGCUCCUUGAACGCCUCUGUGCCAGACAAGGUCGCCGCUGCCGGCUUGACGCAAUUCCUCGUCUAA